UAUUGGUAUGAUGGUGAGGAAGUGGGAGAGCUGCCACUGGACUUCGAUGUCAUUUGGGAUGGAGACUUUGCGAUUGACAAGCCGCCAGGAUUCAAAGCUUUGUUGUACAAAUGUUCUGCCCAGCGUUCUAGCUGUGGCCUGUGCCUCAAGUCGGACCCACGCUAUGAGUGCGGUUGGUGUGUUCCCGAACGUCGGUGUCUCUUGCGGCCUCAUUGCCCUGCUUCCCGUCAGAAUUGGGUGCCGCCAGGCCGGCGGGGCGCUCGCUGUGCCCACCCUCGGAUCACCCAAGUACUGCCACUAACUGGCCCCAAGGAAGGAGGGACACGGGUGACAGUUUGGGGCGAGAACCUGGGGCUACAUUUCUUUGAGGUGGGGGUCCGUGUGGCUGGGGUGCGCUGCAGCUCUCUUCCUGCGGAGUACAUCAGUGCUGAAAGGCUGGUGUGUGAACUGGAACCAUCGCUUCUACCAGACCCUCCGCCUGGGCCAGUGGAGCUCUGUGUCGGGGACUGCAGUGCUGACUACCGGACCCAGUCGGACACUCCCUUCACUUUUGUGACUCCCAGUUUUUAUGGAGUGGACCCAGAACGAGGUCCCACUUCAGGAGGGACGAAAAUCAGCCUCCUAGGGACCCAUCUGGAUGCUGGAAGCAAUGUCAGUGUUGCAAUCCGAGGAGCGCCGUGUCGGCUGAUCAGACGCAGUGCGGGGGAGAUUGUCUGCCUGUCUCCCCCCUCGGUGCUAGGCCCGGGCCCUGCCAAUCUCAGCCUUCGCAUCGACCGCGCUAACAUCAGCACCAAUGGCACCAUCUCCUUCCGCUACAGCCCUGACCCAGUUGUCACAGCAAUAGAGCCCGCCUGGAGCAUUGCCAAUGGUAGCACCAGCCUCACAGUGAGUGGGACUCACCUGCUGACAAUUCAGGAGCCACGGGUUCGAGCUGCCUAUGGUGGAAUAGAAACCAUCAAUGUGAGUUCUUUGUGGAAGUCAAAACUAAUGAGAACUGAGCAUGUCUCACCGCAUGGAGGAGGGGAGGGGUGGAGAGCCUGUUGUGAGAAGUAGAGGAGUCAUUAAUUAAUUCAGCCCUUGGCUUAAUUAAACAUGGCCCUUUGCUAGUCAGCAGUUCAGUCUUUUAAGAUAAGUGCAAGAGAGAGUGAGAGAGCACACAGAAGGAUAGUCCCAC